CUCAGAUAAUUCAACGUAGUAUAUGGAAGAAAUCUACUUCAAUUAAAAAAAAUUAUUACAGCCAGUGAAAUAAAUAAUUUAACAUAAUAAUAAUCAGUGGAAGAAGAAAGUUUUAUUAUUAUAAUGAUUAAAUUGGCACUACAUUUAUUGAUCAGUCUAUAUAUAUUAAGCGAAGUUUCCUGUGAAGAAGAUAAUAAUUCAUUACAACCGUGGGAUUCCUCAGAAUAUAAUCCUCGAAGUCGUGUAAUCGCACCUUAUAAACGUCGACAAAUAUUUCGUUUCGGUAAACGAAACUCACAUCCAACAAUCUACAAAGAAAUGGACGAAUUACCUAGUCUAUGGGAUAUUUAUCGUAAAUGAUAAACUGACAGUGUCACUUUUUUUAAAAAAAAACUAAAGAAAUCUAUGUAUGAUUAAAAUAAAAUACACUGAAUAAUCAAAAUUUAUUGUAAUCAUUUUUAAUCUGUCUAAUUUAAACUGAAUUUUAAAAGAAAAACAUUGAAUAAUGCAGCAUAAUUUUAAAAACGUGCUUAUUUUACCGUUUCGUAAAAGCCAUAACAACCAAGAAGAAAAAUGCCUUUAGAUAUUGAUCAUAUUUGUAUGUUGCAUCAAAAUGUUACUUACAAUAUAUUUCUUUUUCAUAAAAUGUA